AUGUUAAAUUUUUAUCAAAUAUUUAAAUUAACAAUUUUUGGUCAUGUUAAUGAUAGUAUUCAAUCAUUGACUGUUGAAGAAGGAAAUACAGAAAAUAAAUACGUUUUUCCUCUAGCAGAAGGACAAGGCAAACAGAAUACAAAUGAUAUAUAUGUAAUUAAUCCAAUUAUAAAAUCAUUUAAAGUUAGAUUAUUAAUACUUAAGCAAGAUAAUACUUGUCAAUUAACUCAAGAUGAAGGUAUUGGACAAAAUGCUAGCUUAUCAUCAUCAGCAGUAUUUGAAAACUUGAGCAAUCUCAUUAAUAGUCGUGUAAAAAGAAAUUUUAACAUAGUAUAUGAAAAAAUACAAAAUAUUGAAUAUAAAAGAUAUUUUCUUGGACCCAAAUUUAACCCAACUAGAGAUAAAGGGUUUUUAAGAGGACCUUGUGCUGUAAUAUUAGAUUUUAUUCAAACAUAUCGAUUUAUUGAUCUUGGAACAAAUAAUGCUUUAGCAAUUAGAAAUAUG